AUGUCGCGGCUUCGUAAGUGCGAUUUUGAAGUUUUUGGUCGUGUGCAGGGUAACGAGUGUGCCAGAAAACUCGAUCUUGUUGGCUGGAUAAAGAACACAGAAAAUAACACAGUUUGCGGGACAUUCGAAGGGAGUGAAGAAUCGGUGAACCUAUUCAAGAAGUGGUUGGCAACUACAGGAAGCCCUAAGUCACGGAUAGAUAAAUGUGAGUUCAGCUCUGAGCAGUCUAUCGCUGAGAGAAACUUCAAGGAAUUUGUCAUUCGCCGCUAA